AUGGGUCUUACUCGAUCUCAAAUUCUUGAACUGAACUGUGAUUUUAAGCUGCCUUGUGAUGUAUGGUCACAUAUCAAGGAAUUGGGAAUACACAGGAAGCCUAUUACUAGGCGUGGAACAAGGGCUGGUAGGAGGAAGGACAAGAACAAGGCUGAGCAUCGUUCAGAGAGAGCCGCCGGAAAUCAUCGAGGUAAUACGAGUAGGUGUGGAUCUGUGAAAGCAUGCCUUUGGAAUAGUCAGUCAGUUCGCAACAAGAGUGUUCUACUGUGCGACUUGAUCAUCGACAAUGACUUUGACAUCGCCUUCCUAACAGAGACUUGGCUUCAACAGGAUGACCGGGUCAUCCUAGGUGAGAUUUGUCCACCUGGCUUCUCCGUUCUUAGUGUUCCUCGAAAAACUUCUUGUCGUGGUGGAGGUAUCGCUGCAGUGUAUGACAGCAAUGUAAAGCUGCAGGAUUGUUCUGAUGCCCUCCCUGAAGUAAGCUCUUUUGAGUUUGCUCUAUUCAGAAACCCACAAGUCAAUUUUCUUGUUAUCUACAGGCCUCCUUCUGGAUCUCUGCCAUCAUCAACAUUUUUUGAAGAAUUCGAGGAAGUACUCAGCUGUGCAGAUCUGCUACCGAACAGACUUGUGGUCAUGGGAGAUUUUAACUUUCACAUGGACUGUCCAAGCAAGCCUGAGGUCAGAAACUUCAACUUGUUGCUUACCUCACUUAACUUCAAGCAGCUAGUUCAAGGAUCCACUCAUCGUUUUGGACAUACCCUUGACCUCCUCAUCGUUAAGGACAGUGACACUAUCAUCCAGACAUGCUUCGUUGAUCAGAUCAUCCACUCUGAUCACUCUAUGAUAACGUUUGAUCUUGAUCUAAAGAAGCCAGUUACUUCUAGUGACGUUCGUGUUCUCAGAAAGUUUAAGUCCAUAGAUCAUGAUCUGUUCUCCAAGGAUCUUUCUAAAAGGAUAAACUCAAUCAUGGAAUGUGAUAGUAGUGACAUAGAUGAUAUUGUGCUACAGUACAACAAAGCUUGUCGUGAAGUCCUGGACACCCAUGCCCCUGCAUCAACAAGGUCAAUGUCUGUUCGGGUGAAGCCUAGCUGGUACACCGAUGAAGUGAAUGAAGCCCGACGUACCAGACGACGUGCUGAGAGACGCUGGCGCAAAGCAAAGUCAGAUGCUAAUUACAGACUUUAUAUUGAGGCCCAGCAGAAUGUAGUCGAUGUUGUUGUUUCCGCUAAGAAAGACUAUUAUCGUAACAAACUUUCUUCGUGUAAUACUAAGGACAUGUAUAAGACUGUCAACGAAUUGCUCAAUGCCAGUAGUAAUGUCCUUCCUGUGUCUCCCAGCUCUCCAGAUCUUGCUGAAAGUUUCUCAGAUCAUUUUGCCACUAUCAUACCAUGA